AUGGGAAUCUUCAGCAAGGGGACGAGGAGCAAGGGCGUGACGCUGAAGCACAAGCAGGCGGGGCAGUCGAAGAACCUUCAGAUCGCGAAGAAGGACAGGACCGCGGCGUACAAGUACAAGGAGGCGUUCAUGAAGGAGGCGAUGGCGCGGCAUCUCGCCGCGGCGACCGCCGCGGUGAACGGCGAAUCCGUCGCGCCGACGUCGUCGGCCGCGACGACGACGCCGACGCUCGAGACGAAGGACGUCGCCGCCGCGCGCGCGCGCGCGAUGGCGGCGCCCAAGGCGGACACGACAAAGCUCGGCCGCGCGAACGUCGGCGCGAAGCUCCGGUCGAAGGUGGACGGGAAGCUGAUAUCGGACCCGGGGACGUACCUCGUCGGGGCGCUGCGAUUCGAGGGACGGAAGCGACCGACGCCGAAGAAGAAAAAGAAGACGGGAGAACGGGGGGAAGACGCGGGCGAAGGCGGCGCGGCGGACGACGCGACGAAGAUAGGACACCUGAUGCGACCGCUGAAAGGGGACGAGAUCGACUUCGCGACGACGGUGGACACGAACGUGCGGCUGCCCGCGUACGCGCGAGGGAAGAAGACGCUGGCGGGGAAGAGGAAGAAGAACAAAAAGAAAAACGCGCUCGCCGCGCGCGGAUGCUGA